AUGAUCCUUGACCCUUUUGUGAUGGACCGGUCACAAUCACUCAAUACCCCACCAUUCUUUGAUGAGAGCAAUUAUGCCUUAUGGAAGGUCUGUAUGAGGGCUUUCUUGUGUGCUAUAGAUGAGUUAGUAUGGGACUUCGUCGAGAAUGGGUAUGUUAAACCCACGACAACCAAGUUCGAAUGGGACAAGGUAGCUCUUGCAUUGGCAAAUGCAAACAGUAAGGCUAUUUACGCUAUAUUCUGUGGUGUGUCUACUGAUGAGUUUCAUAAGAUAUCACAUGUGAGGACUGCCAAGGAAGCUUGGAUGAUUCUUGAGACUACCUAUGAGGGUACCAAGAAAGUUAAGGACACAAAGCUCCAGAUGCUUACCACCAGAUUUGAAGAGCUCAAGAUGGGGGACGAUGAGUCUUUCGAUUCAUUCUAUGGGAAGCUCAAUGAAAUCUCGAGCAAAUCUCUUGCUCUCAAAACCAUCACCGAGAGAAUGGAUGACUCCUCCGAAGAAGAUGAUGUGGAGAAGGAGGUAGCAUUCCUUGCAAAGAAUUUUCGAAAAUUUAUGAAGAUGAAAAACAGUGGGAAGUCAUUCAGCAAAGGAAAGUUUUCGUCCUCCGAGGGUGGUAGGAAGGAGUUUAAGAAGAAAGAUGGGAAGGAAUUUCAAUCCCCUCAAGGGAUUGUGUGUUACAAAUGCAAUGGUCAUGGACAUCUUAAGAAGGAGUGUCCUAAUUAUUUGAGAGGGAAGGGCAAAGUGUUUGCCACUAACCUUAGUGAUUCUGACAGCUCAAAUUUAGACACGGAAGGAGAAUGUGACAGUGAAGGAAACUACAAAGCAUUCAUGACAAUUGCCUCCGUUGAUUCUAAGAAUGAUUUGAGCAAUUUGGUUGAUGAACUUGGUGAUCUUUCUAAGGAUGAGGAAAUUGAAGAAUCAGAAGAUGAAGACGUGUGCCAAAAUGAAGGGGAAAUCAACCUACAAGAAGCAUAUGAUUCUCUACUGGAAGAUUGUGGCAAAAUAAUGCACCAAAGUUGCGAAUCUUGCUGUGAAAAAGAUGAAAAAGCUAAUGUCAAGGUCGAGCGCAUCUCCACCGAGAAACUUGACAAUGUGUUGUCCUCUAAAAAAUCUUCAUAUGAUAAGACCGAUUUGGGCUAUACCAGAGAAGGAAAUUCAAGCAGCAAACCUAAGAAGGAAGUGAAGUUCGUUUCAGCCAAGAAUAUUGAGAAACUUAAAGAAGUGAAGCCUGAGAUUGAGACCCUUACUGUAGUAAAGAGAACCAUUGGUGCAAAAUCAACGAAAAAAAGGGAAGUCAUUACCCAGAAAUCAAAGAGGGCCUCAAGUAAAGCAUCUGUGUCAUCAUUGUGGCACACAAGGGCAUACCAAGUCUAA